AUGGCACCUCUUGGAAAUCUUGACGAAUACGACGAAAAACAACAGAAUUUUGACUCGUAUUUAGAGCGUUUCGAGCACUUCGUUAGCGCAAACGACAUCAAACCAGAAAAGAAGCUAGCGGUGUUCUUGACCGUUAUAGGACCUCGAGCUUACGAAGUUCUGAAAAGCUUGGUCGUACCGGCAGUACCGGGAGAUAAGUCGUUCGAAGAAGUGAAAGUUUUGCUGAAAAACCACUAUAGCCCGAAGAGCUCGGUCAUAGCGGAAAGGUGCAAAUUCAACAGACGUGUACAAGAGGAACAGGAGAGCGUUGAAGAUUUCAUUGUAGCGCUAAAGCAUUUGGCAAGGAAGUGUGACUUUGGCCAGUUUCUGCAAGAUGCUCUGAGGGACAGGCUUGUGGCGGGAAUACGGCGCGAAGAAACGCAACGUGCGCUAUUCGCCGAAGAAAGCUUAACCUUCGAAAGGGCAUGCAAGAUCGCAUUGGAUCAAGAGCAGGCGGCACGACAGACAGCGUUACUACACGCCGGAAGCAAAGACGCGUCGUUGAACGAGAUAAGAGCGAACCAGAAAGAUAACGUCAAUAAGCGUGACGUUCGAAAACACAAGCAAAGCAAGAAGUCUUGCGAAAGAUGUGGAAGGGCGCAUGCGGCAAGCAAAUGUUGGUACAAGAAUGCUACGUGUCACAAGUGUGGCAAGUUAGGCCAUUUGCAAAAAGUGUGCUCGAACGAGAAAAAGGGACCCAAGAACGCGAAUGCAGUGGACUGCUCGGAGGACGAUUCAGAACUGGACGUCUAUCACUGCCUUAACACGGUGCGUUCGGGUUAUGAAGUGAAAGUCAAUGUUGAAGGGGCGGACGUUUUCAUGCAAAUUGAUACAGGAGCGGCUGUAACAAUUGUUCCUGAAAGUGUUGCGAAAACCGUGUUCCCUCAUGUCAAGUGUGAGCCAUCUCGGGUAAACCUAAAAACGUACACGGGUGAACGAAUCCCGGUAAAAGGGCAAUGUGACGUUUCCGUCACAUACGAAAACCAGACUUUGAAACUGCCCGUUAUCGUCGUCGAUAACCAAGGCAAGAAAUUGCCGUUGCUCAUGGGGCGGAACUGGCUUGAGAGGCUCAGACUUGAUUGGAAAAGCGUCAUGUCACUGGAGCAUGUAACUGAUUCACACCGAAUAGAAGCGCUGCGUAACAAGUUCCCGACAGUAUUUUCUAAUCAGUCUAGUGUCACGAACAACUAUCAAGCGAAGAUAGUUCUAAAACAAGAUUGUACGCCGGUUUUUUGCAAGGCGAGACCGGUGCCUUACGCGUUACGCGAUAAGGUUGGAGAAGAGCUGGACAGGCUAGAGAAGAGCGGGGUUUUACGCCGCGUAAGUCACAGUGAGUGGGCGACUCCGGUAGUUGUAAUUCACAAGAAAGAUGGAUCACUCAGGUUGUGCGGGGAUUACAAAGUAACGAUCAACCCUGUACUAAAAACCGACCAUUACCCACUGCCGCGACCUGAAGAUCUGUACACUGCCAUCGCAGGUGGCAAAGUGUUUUGCGUGCUGGAUCUUUCUGCUGCGUAUCAGCAGGUACCGCUGGCUGCCGAGUCCAAACCACUUUUGACUAUAAACACGCACAUGGGGUUGUUUCAGUUCCAACGCCUACCGUUUGGUGUGGCCAGUGCGCCAGCCAUUUUUCAGUCCUUCAUGGACGAGGUGCUUAAAGGCAUACCUCAUGUGGGAUGCUACAUUGAUGACGUCAUCGUGUCUGGAAAGGACACCCAGGACUGUCAAAAGACGCUGGAAUGCGUCUUGCGUCGACUUCGUGACUACAAUGUCACUUUGAAAACGGACAAGUGCCGUUUUUUCCAAAGCUCGGUGACCUACCUGGGUCACACGGUGAGUGCCGAUGGCAUUUACCCGACAGAAGCAAUGACAAAGGCUAUCACAGAAGCGCCCGAGCCCACCUGCGUAACGGAACUGAAGGCGUAUUUGGGGAUGCUAAACUUUUACGCUAAGUUUCUCAAGAAUGUUUCGUGCGUAGCUGAACCGCUUUAUCGGUUGUUGAAAAAAGGUGAAAAGUGGUCGUGGACUCGGAAGUGCAGCGAGGCCUUUGCUGCUACGAAGCAGUUGCUCGUAAACAGCCAGGUUCUUACGUUCUACGACGUAGACAAGCCAAUUGCAUUGCUGUGUGAUGCUUCAUCGUACGGGAUUGGUGCUGUCAUUUUUCAUGUAACACCAGAAGGGGAAGAGCGCCCAGUGGCGUUCGCGUCGCGAACGCUCACGUCAGCGGAAAAGAACUAUGCGCAGUGCGAGCGAGAAGCGCUAGCUCUGAUGUUUGGUCUGAAAAAGUUCCAUCGCUACCUGUAUGGUAGGGAGUUCACUCUCUAUACAGACCAUCAGCCACUGCUUGGGAUACUGGGGCACGAUAAGCCUGUACCUACGCUAGCGGCAGCUCGAAUGCAAAGAUGGGCAAUGAUUCUUGCAGCCUAUAGGUACAAACUCAAGUACCGUAAAGGAAAAGAUGUCGAGGUGGCUGAUGCUCUGUCUAGACUCCCACGACCGAUGACAACAGCUGACGACCCUGCUGAGUGUCUUUUGUUGUUUGACAGUACUCCCUUGACCGCGGAAGACGUAGCUAGAGCUACAAAACGUGACUUGACCUUGUCUCGCGUAGCUAACUACGUUCUGAAUGGAUGGCCUGCCCAAAGUAGCGAAGAGCUAAAACCGUACCAUGUACGACGUGACGAGUUGUCAUUUGAGCAAGGCUGCGUCACCUGGGGCUCAAGGGUGAUUGUACCUGAAAAGCUGCAGUCACAGGUUUUGGCACUGUUGCAUGAGGACCAUCCAGGUGCUAGCCGCAUGAAAAUGCUUGCCAGAAGUUUUGUAUGGUGGCCAGGGCUAGACCUAGAAAUCGAGAGCUACGUACGACAGUGUCGCGUAUGUCAGUCUGUUCAGAACGCUGCUCCACCUGUACCGCUACAGCCAUGGAGCUAUCCAACUAAGCCGUGGCAACGAGUACACGUGGAUUUUGCUGCUAAAGAAGGCCAUGUCUUCCUAGUACUGGUGGAUGCUUUCUCGAAAUGGAUCGAAGUGUGGUCCAUGUCUUCCACCACUACUGGUAAAACACUCGACAAAUUGCGAAGUGUAUUUGCGGCUUAUGGGCUACCAGAGGUACUGGUGAGUGAUAACGGACCUCAGUUUGUUUCAGAUGAGUUCUCUGAGUUUAUGAGGGUGAAUGGCAUCAAGCACGUUAAGACGCCACCCUAUCAUGCUGCCUCCAACGGCGCAGCAGAGCGUCUCGUGCAGACCACAAAAAAAACUCUGCUGAAGCAAUUGUUAGACGAGAAACAGAGUGGCAAGAAACACUCUUUGCUCGAGCGUUUGGAUAGCUUUUUUACUGAGCUAUCGAAACACCCCAAACAGUACCACUGGUCGCACUCCAGCCGAGCUGUUUUUGAAGCGACAGCCACGAGUGAAACUUUCUUUGCUUAA